UCAGCGAGGGUGUGAGCUGCUAGGAGAAGCCGCGCGGCGCGGCUCCGCGUGUGCCCCUCUCGGCGGCUUAGCCAUGGGCGCGUCGCAGUCCGCCCGCUGCCUCGGCGCCCUGGACGAGCCCGAGAAGAAGCUCAAGGCGCCGGGCCAGUACGAGCGGCUCCACGACGACGCGAAGCGCGUGACGGCCGUCAACACCUUCGAGGGCGCCAAGUUCGAGGUCGCCAAGCCCCUGACGCCGACCUUCGCGUUGAACCACAACUUCUGGCUCGGGGGCUCCUACUACCCCAACGCGAACCAGCACUACAAGUUCGGCGCGACCGUCGGCGACAACGAGCGCGUCUGCAUGGCGUCGCUCGACCAGUACGGCACGCUCGAGGGCCAGUUCUACGGCGUCGUCGCCGGCGCGCUCCAGGGCAAGUUCAUCUUCAACCUGCCCAAGGACCCCAAGGGCUUCGUCGCCGUGCUCGACGCGGACUACGGCGGCGCGACGCACUCCGCGCAGCUCAAGGUCGCGCAGAACAUCCACGGCGUCGCGGGCCCCCACUGCGGCUGCGCCUACAUGCAGGCCGUGACGCCCCGCUGGUCCCUGGGCGGCGAGGGCGCCUGCGCCCUCGCGGGGCCCAGCGCGACGGCGUCGUUCGCGGCGAAGUACGCGGGCAAGAAGUGGACGGGCGUCGCCGCGGCGACGCGGUCCGGCUCCGGCGCGAUCGCGGACCAGCUCGCCUUCUCCUACGCGCGCGUCGUGAGCCCCCAGCGCGUGACCCUCGGCGCCGAGCUCGUCGUCCAGGCCGGCGGCGAGGCGACGUACGCCGCGGGCGCGGAGUUCGCGCUCAAGCAGAGCCGCGUCAACGUCGCCGUCGACGGCAACGGCAAGAUGGCCUCCGUCGUCGAGACCCAGCUCUCGCCCGCGGCCAAGCUCACCUUCUCCGCCGACAUGCAGCUCGGCUACAACGACGCGGAGCCGGGCAAGCACCGCGACCACUUCAAGUUCGGCUACGCGCUCCAGAUCGGCCAGUAGUCCGGGCCGCCUCGCAUGCGCCGCGCGCCGGCGCCUAACCGCCUCGCCUCGGG